AUGUCCUCCAACAGCACGUCAGACUUCGGGCCCCAGAGUGAGCAGUCUUUCUCCCCUCAAGAAGACAGGGAGUUGCCACCAACUUCUUGCAAAGCGUCGGAGGAUCCCACUGGCAAUUAUCCCUACCAGCCUCUCCAGUCCAACGGGCACAUACGCCUCUUGCUCCUCGAGCACCCAGGCCCCUCUUCCACUCAUGACACCCCAGUCAUCUCAGCUACCCUGCAGGAAGUCAAGUUAUCUGUAGUCGGAGAAACGCCCUUCCAGACGUACAAAGCCCUUUCUUACGAAUGGGGUCUUCCUCUUUCAAACCCCUCAGACACCCCGACGAUAUUUCUUGACAACUACCCUAUCCGCAUCCGCCAGAAUUUGUAUGAUGCCUUCCAAAGCAUCCUCCACAAUCACCGCCGACUUUACGGUGGAUCGCCCCUCUAUCUCAGGGUGGAUGCCCUGUGCAUCAAUCAGCUUAAUGAUGAGGAAAAGGGUCACCAAGUUCAGUUGAUGAGAAAGAUAUACGAAGGCGCAGAGAUGGUAAUCAUUUAG